AUGGAAGAAUUCGGCGAGAUCCCCCCGGGUAGCCCUGCGAGCCAGAGCAGGGAGCGAACCGCCGAGAUUCUCGACCGCCACCUGCCCGAUGGCUACUCUGCCGAUCCUCACGUCAGCCUGUCAGCCGAGCCAGUCGACGCGGCACUCCUCGAAAGCCCUUUGACGCUGAACCAGUCCGAUUCCCCGACGCUCUCCGCCGCCGGGACCGCCGCCGCCGCGGGCGGGUCACCCGAGGACGGCGAGAGCCCCGACUCGGACGUGGUCGAGUCGUCGCUCAGGCUACAGGGCGGCGACAUUCACCGCGAAAUAUUCCGCAUCAAGGCCCGCGCCAACUCCCUCCGCCGCGCCAACACCUUUUCCCACCAGCCCUCGCCCAGCCUGCAGCCCGCCGAUGACUUGUCCUACCACGAGCAGCGCGUCCCGGGCGGCUUCCGCCGGCAGCACCUGCUGCACGAGGCGCGUAAGCGGCGCGCCUCUCACGGCCCUGUCUUUGCGCGCAAUUUCGUCGACUUUCUCGACCUCUACGGCAGCUUUGCCGGCGAGGACCUCGACGACACCGACGACGAAUACACCGAGGACGAGUCGGCGAUUGACGACUCGGCCCCCGACGACGACGGCGCCAACGAGGUCUCGCCGCUGAUCCGUCGGCGCCGGCGGCCGGCACUGGGCCGCAAGAAGAGCGCUCGCCGGCUGGCGCGCGAGGGUGAUGCGAGCACGACCAAGACUUUCUUCACGCUCCUCAAGGCCUUUAUCGGCACGGGCAUCAUGUUCCUGCCCAAGGCGUUUCGCAACGGCGGCAUGGUCUUUUCGAGCAUGACGCUUGUGACCGUGUCGCUCGUCACGAGCGUGUGCUUCAAGCUGCUGCUCGAGUGCCGCGCGCGCUACGGCGGCGGCUACGGCGAGCUCGGCGCCGCCAUUGUCGGCCCGCGCUUCCGCAGCAUGAUUCUCUUCUCCAUUGCCCUCUCCCAGCUCGGCUUCGUCUGCUCCGGCCUCAUCUUCUCCGCCGAGAACCUCUACGCGUUUCUCAAUGCCGUGACGCGGGGCGAGGGCGCGUUUAGCCUUGGCGUGCCCGCGCUCAUUGCGCUUCAGCUGGUGCCGCUGGUGCCCAUGGCGCUGAUUCGCAACAUUUCCAAGCUUGGCCUCGCCGCGCUCAUCGCCGACGUCUUCAUCCUCUUUGGCCUCGUCUACAUCUGGUACUACGAUAUUUCGGCUUUGGCCACACGCGGCCCCGCGCCCAUUCGGCUCUUCAACCCCGUCGACUUCCCGCUCACCAUUGGCUCCGCCAUUUUCACAUUUGAAGGCAUCGGGCUCAUCCUGCCGAUCCAGUCGUCGAUGAAGAAGCCGCACCACUUUGGGCCAUUGCUCUACUUUGUCAUGUUUCUCAUCACAAUCAUCUUCACUUCGGUCGGCGCACUCUGCUACGCCACCUUUGGCGAGGACACCAAGAUCCAAAUCAUCUCCAACUUUCCGCAAGACUCGGCCCUCGUCAACGCCGUCCAGUUCCUCUACUCGGUCGCCGUCCUCGCCGGCGACCCCGUGCAGCUCUUCCCCGCCGUGCGCAUCAUCGAGACGUCCCUGUUUGGCGAGCGCGCCACGGGCAAAAAGUCUCUCGCCAUCAAGUGGCAGAAGAAUGGCCUGCGCUCGCUCGUCAUGGUCGCGUGCGUCGGCAUCAGCAUCGUCGGCGCCAGUGACCUCGACAAGUUUGUCGCCCUCAUUGGCAGCUUCGCGUGCGUACCGCUCGUCUACAUCUACCCUGCGUAUAUGCACUACAAGGGCGCCGCGGAAAAGCCCUGGGCCAAGGCGCUCGACGUCGUGCUCAUGGUUGGCGGCUUCAUCGCCAUGGUGUACACGACGUUUGUGACGGUCUACCAGUGGAUCGACUCCAAGGUAUAA